CACUUGCACUAUUCCGCGAUAUAAGAAGCUGGCCGCCCGACUGAAUUCUUACCGACUUUAUGAUUUUUUAUUAUUAUGAAUUAUUAGGGAGUACUUGUGGGUAAUUAUUAUUAGUACGGAGGCUUGAGCAACUACAGAAAAACAGUGACGCGUGUCAACCCCUUCUGCUCCAACUCUUGUUUCUACCGGAUUGUCCUUUUUAAUUUAAUCACAUUGUUCUGAUUUUUUAUGUGUUCCACGUUUUGGACUUCCGCCGCCAUACCUACUUGCUAAGCUAGGAGCAGCCACUAUGGUCGCGGUGGCGGUGUCUCUCUAUCCAGCCGUGGGGAAGAGCCGCCUUCUGCCUGCACCUCCGCUCACCCGAGCAGUGCCAAUGCGGGGAUUCCGACCAAAUUCAACACGUUUGGCGCCAUUUGUUGCAUGUUCCAGCGGACAUGAUGCCACCAAUGCACUUGUCUCCAUUGCCCCCCCACCAGCUGCUGUCUCUCGAUCAAAGCGUCAUACAAUUUCAGUGUUCGUUGGGGAUGAAAGUGGUAUAAUUAACAGAAUAGCUGGAGUUUUUGCCCGGAGAGGCUACAACAUUGAGUCUCUUGCUGUAGGGUUGAACACAGAUAAGGCUCUUUUUACCAUUGUUGUCUCUGGAACUGACAAGGUUUUGCAACAAGUUGUAGAGCAACUUAACAAGCUUGUGAAUGUCAUUAAGGUGGACGAUCUAUCUAGGGAGCCUCAAGUAGAACGAGAAUUGAUGCUCAUUAAGCUAAAUGCAGAGCUGAGCACAAAAGCAGAAAUCAUGUGGUUGGCAGAUAUCUUUCGAGCGAAAGUGGUGGAUAUAUCAGAGCACUUUGUGACCAUAGAGGUAACUGGUGACCCAGGAAAGAUGGCUGCUGUCUUAAGAAAUAUAAAUAAGUUUGGAAUUAAGGAGCUUGCUAGAACGGGAAAGAUUGCCUUGAGACGUGAAAAGAUGGGCGAGACAGCUCCUUUUUGGAGGUUUUCUGCAGCAUCUUAUCCUGAUCUUGAACAAACAACAAAUGGUGUUGCAACUCAAAAGCACAACAAGCCAACCAUUAACAACAAAGUGCAUAAUGGUCCCAGUGGUGACGUCUAUCCAGUGGAAUCCAAUGAUGACAUCUAUGUGAAUCAGGUUCUUGAUGCCCACUGGGGAGUUCUAUAUGAUGAAGACGCAAGUGGGAUUCGUUCACACACAUUAUGUAUGCUAGUUAAUGACUCGCCUGGAGUACUCAAUCUUGUCACUGGGGUCAUAUCUCGAAGAGGCUACAAUAUUCAGAGUCUUGCGGUUGGUCCUGCUGAAAGAGAGGGGCUUUCACGUAUUACCACAGUUAUCCCUGGAACUGAUGAAACUAUAAGAAAACUGGUUCAGCACUUCUACAAGUUGGUGGAUAUUCACGAGGUUCAUGAUCUAACAUGUUUGCCCUUUGCGGAGAGGGAACUGAUGUUGAUAAAAGUCGCAGUAAAUGCUUCUGCUAGGAGGGAUAUCCUUGACAUUGCCAAUAUUUUCCGAGCUAAAGCCGUCGACGUGUCUGAUCACACCAUAACAUUGGAGUUGACAGGAGAUUUCAGCAAGUUACUAGCAUUGCAAAGACUACUGGAACCUUAUGGAAUUUGCGAGGUUGCGAGGACAGGUCGAGUGGCAUUGAUGCGAGAAUCAGGCGUGGAUUCACAAUUUCUUCGCGGAUAUAGUCUUCCUUCGUAAUUUGUGCAUGGUUUAGAAUGUAUUACUUGUUAUAAUGAGCCUGGCUGGUGUCGAAAUCAAUAAGUGGCUCGGUUUGAGACGACUAGGUCGGUGAUAUUCAUCUAUUGUAUUGUAUGUAUGGGUGCAUGCAAGUGUAACCCUUGAUCAAUGAUCAUCAUUGUCUUUCUCAUCAAUGCAAUGAAUAUUUGCUUUUUAUGCAUAAGCUACAUCAAUACAUCAUCACCCACCCUCUUUUUUUCUUUCAGGAAAGUUUUCAAUUUGAAUUUAUUUUCAUUCUUCCAUGUAGUAAAGAGUAG